AUGUCGAGCGAAAUCGAGUCCAAGCGUGUCAACACGACGGAGGGUAUUCACGAGAAGGAUGCCGAUGGCUACAGGUCGAGCGACGUUGAGCUCCCGAUCGAUGCUCAGGUCGAAACGGAUCUCAAUGUCACAGAACAGGAUUUGCAGGAGGCCAGGGAAUUGGCUGGCAACCUGACCCUGGAGGAGAUUCGUCCCAUGAUGGAAAAGGUCCUAGCCAUUCACGAGAAGGAUCCCAACUUUCCCUUUAGCAUCAUUGAGAGAAUCAGAGCUUUCUUGGGCAACGAGGAUAUCUUUGAAAACCCUGAGAAGCAUGGCGUGUUGAUUGAGGAGAUGAAGUUGGAGGCUUCCCUGAUUACAGUCAACAGUCCCUACGCCGAAGUCAGAGCCGUCGUCGACAACCAUGACGACCCCAGUAUCCCAUGUGGUACCAUCCGUGCUUGGGUCAUUGGUUCUGGUUUUGCCAUCUUGUUGGCUUUCAUCAACCAGCUAUUCUCUAUCCGUCAGCCGGCCAUCAAUGUCCAGGCCAACGUGGCCCAGUUGCUCGCCUAUCCCAUUGGCAAAUUCUGCGAAAAGACACUGCCCGACGUCGGAUUCACACUCUGGGGCAUUCGCCACAGUCUGAACCCUGGCAAGUUCAGCAAGAAGGAACACAUGUUGAUCACCAUCAUGGCCAACGUCAGCUGGAACUACCCGUACACGAACAACAUCAUCUGGGUGCAAUAUUUGCCAACCUACUUCAAUCAAAGCUAUGCCGGCCAGUUCUCCUACCAGAUCUUGAUCGCCCUUGCCACCAACUUCAUCGGCUACGGUAUGGCUGGAAUUGUCCGCCGAUUCCUUGUGUACCCUUCGUACUGCGUUUGGCCUGCCAGUCUGGUGACUAUCGCCUUGAACUCGGCUUUCCACAAUGACAAGACUGGUCCAGUUGAGUCUCCGUUCGGCAGACUGUUCACCAUGACCAGAAUGAAGUUCUUUGGCGUUACCUUUGCCGCCAUGUUCGUAUACUUCUGGUUCCCACAGUACAUCUUCACCGCUCUGAGCGUUUUCUCCUGGUUGUCCUGGAUUUCGCCCAACAACACCACCCUCUCGGCCGUGACGGGUUUCAACAACGGCCUUGGCGUCAAUCCUUGGCCAACUUUUGACUGGAACAUUUUGCUGUUUGACAACACCGAUCCCCUCAUGAUUCCAUUUUUCUCCACCAUGAACAAGUUCAUUGGAUCCUGCAUCGCAUGUGUCGUGAUUGCUGCGCUUUGGUGGAGCAAUGCCUGGAAUACAGCUUAUCUCCCUAUCAACUCGAAUCGCGUCUUCGACAACACUGGUUCUCUUUACAACGUCUCGAGGGCCAUUGACGACCGCGCACUGUUCGACGCCGCAAAGUACGCCGACUACUCGCCGCCAUUCCUGUCUGCUGGAAACUUGACAGUGUACAUGUUCUUCUUUUCCAUCUACUCUGCCACCGUCAGCUACGCUUAUCUUUACCACCGAUAUGAGAUUGCCAUGGGUUUCCGCAACCUGUUCAACAGCUUCCGCAAGAACAAGGAUACCGAAUUAGGCACAUACACUGACGUGCACAACCGAUUGAUGGCCAAGUAUGCCGAAGUUCCCGAAUGGUGGUACAGUCUCGUCGUCGUCGUCGCCAUUGCCCUUGGAUGUGCUGGUAUCGCCAACUGGGAAACGUACACCUCUGUGGGCGUUGUCUUCUACGGUCUUGCCCUCUGUGCUCUUUUCGUUAUCCCAGUCGGCAUCAUCAAGGCCAUGACCGGUAUCGAGGUUACCCUCAAUGUGCUGGCCGAGUUUAUUGGUGGUUCCUGGGUUCAGGGCAAUGCUUUGGCCAUGAACUUUUUCAAGAGUUUUGGCUACGUGACAUGCGCUCACGCUGUUUGGUUCUCCAACGACUUGAAGUUGGCCCACUACGUCAAGAUUCCGCCACGCCAGACCUUCAUGGCUCAAAUGAUCGGAACGCUCAUUUCGACCUUUGUCUGCGUUGGUGUUCUCAACUUCCAGAUGAACCAGAUCCCUGAUGUCUGUACCGUGGACGCUCCCAACCGUUUCACCUGCCCUGGAAUCAACACCUUCUUCACUGCGUCAGUGCUCUGGGGAACAGUUGGCCCUGUCAAGGUCUUUGGCGCCGGUGGUCUGUACACGGCACUACUUGUUGGAUUCCCAUUGGGCUUUGUGGUACCCAUCAUUUUCUACUUUGUCCAGAAGAGAUACCGCAAGCAGUCGUGGCUGCGUCAAAUCCACCCGGUGGCUCUAUUCUACGGCGCCCUGACCUGGGCUCCCUACAACUUGUCCUACAUCUGGCCCGCCGUUCCGAUUGCUUGGUUCUCGUGGAUCUACCUUAAGAGGCGCUACCUUGCCUUUUGGUCCAAGUACAACUUUGUGCUUUCCGCUUCCUGGAGCUCUGCUAUUGCCAUUGCCGCCAUUAUCAUCUUCUUCACACUGCAAUGGCUGCAGGUUGAUCUCGAGUGGUGGGGCAACGACGUCGUAGCUGAUGGCUGCGAAGGCAGCGCUUGCACUCUCAAAACUCUGAACGACGGCGAUUAUUUCGGACCCCGACUCGGCGAGUUCAGCUAG